GUAAAGAAUAUCGUACUUUAUCGGCGUGAAACGAUACGAAAUUUUACCAAAAUCGAUGAAGCCUGUCAAGGUGCACUCGGGGCUGCAGCUGCAGGUGCUUGCGUUGUACAAGAAGGCGCUACAAGCGGCCAAGCGCAAGGACCUGGACACGCUGCGCUACGUGCGAGAGCGCUUCCGCGAGGACGUGGCCACGGUGGACCGCAAGGAUUUUGUCGUGAUCGAGUAUAUGCUACGCAAGGGUGAGCGCGACCUCAAGAUGCUGGAUAGGAUGAAGUCGGCACACUUUACGAGCGUCUCGCACUAGAAGAAGAGAACUAGGGGGCCGAUGUAAGGCUACUUUUGCAUAGAAUGGCUUCACGGUUUUGUGUGAAGGUUGAGCUAAUGCAACAAGCUGAGGCUGGAGCGAAGUAUCUGGAGUACAGCUAGGUCCAGAAUCGUCAUAUUCGCGACUUUAUUAUCGACGUCGGAGCUGGGUUUCAUAGUUUGUGAUGGUAUAUCUGCGAGUUUGAACUGGAUGGCAGAGGAAGUUUAACCGAAGGCUUGCUGUCUACGACUUGCCGUUAGAAGAGUGUGUCUAUAAUGAACGAAGGCACUCGCUAGCUCAGGGUGAAUUUGAUCAUGUUAAUUGGCAGAGCUCAUUAUUUCGUAAAGAGCUUGGUGUUUAUCAUCUUGUUCAUGCAAUCGUAUUGACUUUUCGACCAGUGCUAACAGCGCUAAUAUGGUUCAAUAGUAUCACACGCUCUUAGCUCUUCGCUGUGUACUGUAGAUGGCCGUAACUUCUAAUGACGGAUAAUACUGCGUUCUCGACUUGCUGACCAUGACCGAAAGAGAUCGCAAGAUGGUUGAAUCUGGUGUUACUGGUGGCCGAAAACGACCAACAGGUAAAAGUUUGAAGGGAGUGUAGAAGAGAACAGAGAUUCUGAUUGGGUCCAUUCGAAGCUGACAGCCGAGAGCGAAUGCAACUGAUCAUAGAUCGUAGUCUCCUUCACCUUCACCAUAAUUUGUUACCACACCUCGUACAACAAUUAUUCAUUAAUAAAUAACCAAGAG